ACGAGAACCAAAAUAACGAGGUCCAACUCCAGAGAUCCGUGGCGAUUUUGGUGUUCUUUUCAAUCAAUCCGUCAACAUUUAUUUCUUUUCUUAACUCAUAGCACUCUUGCAUCUAAUACAAAAUGGGUCAGACCUUGGCUCGUGCUGCACAGUGGACCUCCGCCAGCGAUGGCGGUGAGGGUAAACUGGAAUUCACACCUAUCAAUGAGUCUAUCCUAAACAGCAUUAUCAAAUUUGUUGAGGCAUUCCCAGGCAAACAUCCACAGGAAGCACAAAUGCCAUUCAAGAAACCAUUACAAUGGAAGACAAGUCUAGAAGCAUCAUCUUUCUCUGGUGGUUAUGAACAGACUGAUGAUGGCAUCAAAUCAAGUACAACAGAUAAAGAAGAUAACCCUCUGUUAGUAUUGGAAGGAGAAAUACUGAAAGUGUCUUCAUUGGAUCAAGUUAAUGCUGUUCUCAAAAUUGCUGCGGAUAAGAAAAUGCAUGAAGCAAGAUGUGUUCUAGAAGCCAAUCGUGAUCCUCUUGUCAAUAUCCUUGGUGAUAGCUUUGCGAGCGUAGAAGGUGAGGACUCAGCCACAGUGCGUCUGUUGGAGCAGAUACAGAAAGAAGAAGGAGACGCCAAGGAAGAAAAAGAAGUGAAACUUAAAGUAGCUUUAAUAGUACAACAAUUUGACACUCAGCUGAUGAGUCAAUCCAUCAAAGAAAUAGCAAAAGAAGUGCGUUUACGUCCAGAACAAGUUGAACGUGAAGUAACUCUUUUAAAAUCUUUUUCUGGAGAGGAUGAGAACUGUGUCUUGGAAUCAAUUAAGUACACAUCUGAUUAUGUCUUCGCCAACGGUUGCCGUGCACCACCAUGGAGACAAGUACACGGAGAAAUCUGUUAUUUAAGGGUCCAACCACAUGACGGUGAUAGUUUUUACGUGACUACCGCUACAGCGGGUGCUUUCAUCAUUAAGACAACAAAGAAAUCCAAAAAGAAGAACACCGGACAGCAAAAGCUAGAACCAUCACUGAAAUGGAAAAACUUGGGAAUGGCAAACAUGGAAGAGGAGGAGAAGCAGCAAAAAGAAAAAAAGGAUAAAGAAAAAGAAAAAAAGAAGAAAGUUGUUAAAGAAAAGAGUGGCCAUGGUGAUAGAAAACCCAAGACUCCAGCACAGGAGGAGGAGGACUUUAGUGAAAGCUCAUCAGAAAGUGAAGAAGAGGAAGAGACACUUGACAGACGACAAGAGUCCAAUGCUGACCUACCUUCAGAGUACUGGCAGAUACAAAAACUAGUCAAGUACCUCAAGGGAGGUAAUCAGACAGCUACUAUCAUUGCACUGUGUUCCAUGAGAGAUUUCAACUUGACCCAGGAAACCUGUCAGUUAGCAAUCCGUGAUGUUGGUGGUCUGGAAGUGUUGAUUAAUUUAUUGGAAACAGAAGACAUCAAAUGCAAGAUUGGCUCAUUGAAAAUCUUGAGAGAGAUUUCCCAGAAUUUUCACAUCCGACGAGCCAUUGCCGACUUAGGCGGUCUGCAGACAAUGGUGGAGAUUUUGAAAUCUCCCAAUAAGGAAUUGAAAUGUUUGGCUGCAGAAACCAUUGCUAAUGUGGCUAGGUUUCGCCGUGCCAGACGAACGGUGAGACAGCACGGUGGAAUUAAGAAAUUGGUUGGAUUACUUGACUGCGCACCUCUAGAUUCAGAUCCUGUAAAUCCAGAAGUUGAGAAGGACAUCGAAGUAGCACGUAGUGGUGCAUUGGCACUAUGGAGUUGUAGUAAAAUGACAAAGAACAAGCACGCCAUUCGUAAAGCUGGAGGCAUUCCGUUAUUAGCGCAACUACUGAAGUCACCCCAUGAAAAUAUGUUAAUUCCAGUAGUCGGCACUUUACAGGAAUGUGCUUCAGAACAAAGUUACAGACUCGCUAUACGAACGGAAGGCAUGAUUGAAGAUCUUGUAAAGAACCUGAACAGCGAUAAUGAAGAACUACAAAUGCAUUGUGCCAGUGCGAUAUUUAAAUGUGCUGAAGAGAAAGAGACGCGAGAUCUUGUUAGACAGUACGGUGGAUUAGAUCCAUUGGUGGGCCUUCUCAGCAAAUCAGAGAAUAAGGAACUACUGGCGGCUGCCACGGGAGCCAUUUGGAAGUGCGCAAUUAGUCCAGAAAAUGUACAAAGAUUCCAAGAAUUGAAAGCAAUUGAAAUGUUAGUUGGAUUAUUGAAUGACCAACCGGAAGAGGUUUUGGUGAAUGUUGUUGGAGCAUUGGGAGAGUGUGCUCAAGAACCAUCAAAUAGACUGGCAAUAAGGAAAGCAGGUGGGAUUCCACCCCUGGUGAACUUGUUAACAGGAACCAAUCAGGCAUUGCUUGUAAACGUCACAAAAGCUGUCGGUGCAUGUGCUACGGAACCAGACAAUAUGACAGUAAUUGACAAACUUGAUGGUGUACGUUUACUGUGGUCACUACUAAAGAAUCAGAAUCCUGAAGUUCAAGCAAGUGCUGCCUGGGCAAUCUGUCCAUGUAUUGAAAAUGCUAAGGAUGCAGGCGAGAUGGUGCGUUCCUUUGUUGGUGGUCUAGAAUUGAUUGUUAGUCUUCUUAAAUCAGAACACAUGGAGGUGUUAUCCAGUGUGUGUGCUGCCAUUGCUAAUAUUGCAAAAGAUGAAGAAAAUCUAGCAGUUAUAACAGAUCAUGGUGUGGUUCCAAUGUUAGCUAAACUUACACCAAUGACAGAUGAUAAACUACGAAGGCACUUGGCAGAUGCCAUCGCCCGUUGCUGUAUGUGGGGAAAUAACCGUGUAUCAUUUGGACAACAUGGAGCAGUGGCCCCAUUAGUCAAAUAUCUCAAGUCACCAAAUAAAGAUGUUCAUCGAGCCACGGCAGAAGCAUUAUUCCAACUCUCGAAAGAUCCUGAAAACUGCAUUACGAUGCAUGAAAAUGGAGUGGUUAAGAUCAGAUUUCAUAUGGUCGACUGGUGGUCAUUUCUCUGA